AUGGUUCUCCACAACCCCAACAACUGGCACUGGGUGAACAAGGACGCUUCUGGCUGGGCCAAGGAGUACCUUGACAAGCACCUGACUGUCAUCAGUGCCGAGGAAGGUGGUGUUUCCGCCAAAGUAGACAAGGUUCUGUCGAUGAAUGGCGACGUAGACGUCAGCCAGCGCAAGGGCAAGGUCAUUACCCUGUUCGAUGUCAAGCUGUCGCUAGAGUAUUCAGGUAAGACCCAGGACGGCGAGGAGGUCAGCGGUUCCAUCAACAUCCCCGAGGUAGCCCAUGAUACCGAGGAAGAUGAGUACGUCUUCGAGAUUGAGAACUACGCCGAUGCUGCUUCCAAGCAGUCCGUAAAGGACCUCGUCCGCUCGAAGAUUAUCCCUCAACUCCGUGUGGCCCUCGCCAAGCUCUGCGGUGCCCUCAUCACCGAGCACGCAAAGGACAUCCAGCACGCCCCCGGUGUCGACCCUUCCAAGGGUUUCCCCGCGGUCCCUGUCCACCCCCAGGCCAACAAGCCCCAGGCCGCUCCCACCACCGCAACUACCACCACAUCCACCGGCAAUGUCGCCAUUAACACCACCACCGUGACCGCCUCAGAUGAGUUCCGCACUACCGCCGAGGAGCUCUUUAUCACUUUCACCGACCCCCAGCGCCUCGCCGCUUUCACCCGUGGCCCGCCUCGCCAGUUCGAGGGCGCCCACGUCGGUGGCAAGUUUGCCAUCUUCGACGGCAACGUGACUGGAGAGUUCGUUAAGCUUGACUCCCCCAAGCAGAUUGUGCAGACCUGGCGUCUGGCUCAGUGGCCCGCUGGCCACUUCAGUACUCUCGAGAUCAACUUCGACCAGAACAACGUUGAUGGUGUCACUCAGCUGCGCGUCGAGUGGUCCGGCGUCCCCGUUGGACAGGAGGAUGUCACCAAGCAAAACUGGGAUAUGUACUACGUUCGCAGCAUGAAGCAGACUUUCGGGUUUGGCACUAUUCUCUAA